CGUGAUGGGUGUAUCUGCUGAUAACGCCACGAUUAUCUCAUAGAGAGGAUUUGUAGGAAAAUUCUCAUAAAGAGUAAAAUAUUGUAGAGUAGAGGAGCUAAUAGAGAAAGCCGGUUUAUUGUAAUAUUUUCCGCUGAAAGUUUGUGCCUAAAAUUCAGCGAAUACCAUCUGUUAAACACAAAUACACCCACAUCUCAAUGACUACUUCCCGCUGAGAAAUUUUUUGAGUGAAAACAGAGACGUUCAGUUAGUAUUUCUGUGAGGAAAUAGCCCGAAAAUCGCCAGAAAUGGAGGUAUCGCUGAAGAAUAAAAUCAUCUUGGUUACUGGAGCUGGUCAAGGGAUUGGAAAUGAGCUUUGUAAGCGACUAUCUUCAGCUGGAUGUCAUGUAAUUGGUGUCUCACGGUCUGUGACUCCACUUCAGGACCUCAAACGUGACUGCCCGAAUAUUGAGACCAUCGCAGUGGACUUGAGCGAUUGGAAAGCUACCAGGAGGAGCUUGGAUCAUAUUAAGAAAGUCGAUGGAGUGGUAAAUAAUGCUGGGAUAGCCAUAAUAAAGCCAUUUGAGGAGUUAUCGGAGGAGGAUUUUGACAAGACAUUCUCCAUCAAUGCCAAAGCUGUCUUCAAUGUCUCCCAAAUGAUGGCUUCCCGGAUGCCCAAUGUAGGCGGGAGUAUUGUCAAUGUGUCCUCUUUGGCAUCUCUUCGUUCCUUCCAAGGACACUGUGUCUAUUCAGCCAGCAAGGCAGCUGUAGACUCGAUAACCCGAAGUCUGGCCCUAGAGCUUGGUCCACGCAAUAUUCGGGUAAAUUCUGUGAAUCCCACAGUGAUUCUAACUAGAAUGGGGCGCGAAAACUGGAGUGAUCCGGCAAAAGCCAAACCACUUCUAGACAACAUCCCCCUUCACAGAUUUGGAGAGGUUUCUGAAGUUGUGGACGCUAUUAUUUAUCUGCUCAGUGACAAGUCCUCUUUCAUGAAUGGCCACAGUCUCCCACUCGAAGGAGGCUACUGUGCCUGCUAAGCACACUCCUUUCCAUGAAAAAGGAGGACGCUAAUUUUAUCUUCUUCAAUUUCUCCCCAAAAAAUCACUUUUUCCGGCAGAUUUUCACUUUCCCAGUAAUACACAAUAUAUCAAGAAGAAUAAAACAUAAUAUUUACCUGGAAA